CACGCCCAGCCCGGAGCCACCCCGGCCAUGAACUGCCGUGCGGAGGUGCUGGAGGUGUCGGUGGAGGGUCGGCAGGUGGAGGAGGCCAUGCUGGCCGUGCUCCACACCGUCCUGCUGCACCGCAGCACCGGCAAGUUCCACUACAAGAAGGAGGGCACCUACUCCAUCGGCACGGUGGGCACCCAGGACGUGGACUGUGACUUCAUCGACUUCGCCUAUGUCCGUGUCUCCUCCGAGGAGCUGGACCGGGCCCUCCGCAAGGCCGUCGGGGAGUUCAAGGACGCGUUGCGCAACUCGGGCAGCGACGGGAUGGGGCAGAUCUCCCUGGAGUUCUACCAGAAGAAGAAAUCACGCUGGCCCUUCUCAGACGAGUGCAUCCCCUGGGAGCUGUGGACCAUCAAGGUGAACGUGGUGAACCUGGCGAACGAGCAGGAGCGGCAGAUCUGCCGGGAGAAGGUGGGCGAGAAGCUCUGCGAGAAGAUCAUCAACAUCGUGGAGGUGAUGAACCGCCACGAGUACCUGCCCAAGAUGCCCACCCAGUCGGAGGUGGACAACGUCUUCGACACCAGCCUGAAGGACGUCCAGCCCUACCUGUACAAGAUCUCCUACCAGAUCACGGACUCCCUGGGCACCUCGGUCACCACCACCAUGCGCCGGCUCAUCAAGGACACGCUGGCUCUGUAGGGCCAGGUGCCAUCGAGAGGUGACACCUCUCCAGCACAGCCCUUUGGGACAGUAUCUCUGCUUGGAUCCCUCCUCUCCGCCUCCAAAAAAGCGUCUGCAGGGAGCUGGACUCCGCCUGAGCCGUAAUUGGGGGGUUGCUGCUGGUUUGGUGUGUGCCGUGGGCUUUGUGUGCCAUGGGCUUGGAGAACCGGCUCGGUGGCUCCUGGGUUGGCUGAGGUGUGGCGAGUCCUCGGGGCA